CCGAUCGCCGCCCCUGCCCCGGUCGCCCGCUGCCUCUACCCUACUUUUCCCUGCGGUGUGUCCACACAGCCCUUUGUAAAUAGAAGGGAACAAACUCUGAACCAGCAGAAUGCGAGCCGGCCGCAGGCCAGCAGCCAUGUGACGGCUCCCACAUAGCGUUGACGCAGUCCCAGGGUUUUUUUGGGUUGAAGUGUGAGUAGGGUUUGUCGGUGCCACCUAUAAACACAGUGUAUGCCUGACCCAUGGGGCAGAGACAUCUAAGCAGGGAAAGAAAAACCUUUUCCCUGUUUCCAGCUUUAAUGAUUUACAUCUCAUAAAACAAAUAAUUACCCGUGUGUGCUCAUACAUUUUCUUCUUAUCUCCUCCUAAAUCAAACUCAGCAUUGGACCAACUGAAUUUUUAUCUUUGCUGAGUAUUGUCAUAGGUUAGGUAAGUUCAGUGGAUAAAAAUAAACGGGAGAUGAAUGCAGUUUGGAGGAGAAUUUAAACUGCACAAAGUUCAGAUGGAACAGUAUUUUAAAAUAAAAGCAGAGUGAGAGGGAAGAGAGGAAAGCAAAACGUUUUUAAUAGACCAGUGGAAAACACGUGGUUGAAGAAAAGACAAAUUCUUGCAUUACUGCUGGAAAUAAACCAGUGAGAUAGAAGAUGAAUUCAGCUGAAAUCACUGAUGAUGAUGAAGUAAAAAUUCCUAAAAGAAAUGUGAAAGUAGAAACAGAAAAUGAAGAUGAAGCUCUAGACUGCUCAGUAACUUCCAGAUCUGCUGAGAAGCACUCACUGGAUGGUGCAGUGACUUGCCUACAGGAUUCCAACAAACGGAAACAGACCUCCCUUGGCUGUGAUGGGUCAGGAGGCCAGCAGGAUGCCUUACCCAGCGUGAAGAAGAGACGCUUUACACAGGAGGGCUCCCUUUCAAACAUGAGGAACAGAGAUGCUGGUUCACCCACUCAGGUAAAUGCAGAGCAGCCAAGCAAGAACAAGAAUUCUAAUGUAACAUGGCUGUGUGAAGAAGAAUCCUUCAGUGACAUAAUCACUCCAUCUUAUAAAAAACCUCUCUAUGGCAUCUCACACAAAAUCACAGAGAAGAAGAACCCACCAGGAGCAGAGCAGUUUGCUUCUUACGAGUUGUUUGAAAAAAUCAACCCCAGCAGUCCCUCACAAAUUCGGACUUUGAACGAUCAGCGCAAGAGAGACUCGGCCAUUGCAGUAGCAGCAGCCACAGCAGAUUCAGAAUCAAAUAUAUAUUCUUUGAUACAGAAAAUGUUUUACACGCUGAACACCCUCAACACCAAUAUGACUCAGCUUCACAGUAAAGUUGACCUGUUGUCUCUGGAGGUUAGCAGAAUUAAAAAACAAGUCAGUCCAGCAGAGUCCGUUGCUGACUUCAGGCCUCCCCCAGAGUACCAGCUGACUUCCACGGAACUCAAACAAAUCAUGGAUCAAAGCACAUCGGGCGGAGACCUGGCUUGCCGGUUGCUCGUGCAGCUCUUCCCUGAGCUCUUCAGCGACGACGAGUUCGGCAGGAGCUGCAGUGCAUGUGGCUUUCUCAACAAAAGGAAACUUGAAUCUCUUCAUCUGCAGCUUAUUCGUAACUAUGUGGAAGUUUGUUAUCCUUCUGUGAAGAAUACAGCUGUGUGGCAGUUGGAGUGUUUGCCUCAAGUCAAUGAUUUUUUCAAUAGAUUUUGGGCUCAAAGGGAAAUGGAAAACAGUCAGCAGAAUGUGCAAUCAUCCAGUUUUUAUGAGACUGAGCAGGUGGAAUCCUCUCAUUUCAUGGAGGAUAAAGAGCAGGAAGAAGCUUUGGACAGGAGUAAUGUCAUUGCCUCAGAUUACAUGCUGGAUGCUCAGGAUCUCAGUGAAUUUUUAGAUGAAGCUUCUUCACCAGGAGAGUUUUCUGUUUUUCUGUUACACAGACUGUUUCCAGAACUCUUUGAUCACAGAAAAUUAGCUGAAAGGUACAGUUGCUUUGGAGACUCUGGAAAACAACUGCUGGAUCCUCAUCGGCUUCAAAUAAUCCGUAGGUACACUGAAAUUUACUUUCCAGACGUGCAAGAAGAAGAAGCCUGGUUGCAGCAGUGUGUUCAGCGAAUAAAUGAUGAGCUUGAAAGUACGUAUAUGGAUGGAAGUGAAUGUGACCAGAUGAGAGAUGACUGUUACGAUUCUUCUAGUUUACCAGAUGAUGUAUCAAUCAUAAAAGUGGAAGACAGUUUUGAAUAUGAAAAGCCUGGCAGACGGUCCAAAAAAAUUUGGCUUGUACCCAUAGAUUUUGACAAACUUGACUUUCCCCCUCCUGAUUUUGAUGUUCCUGUCCCGGAUUACCUGUUAAACAAAGAACAGAUUAAAAGCAUAUAUGAAAGCAGUCUUUCCAUAGGCAACUUUGCUUCCCGAUUGCUUGUUCUCUUAUUUCCUGAACUAUUUACUCAUGAAAACUUACGGAAGCAAUACAACUGUAGCGGAUCUUUAGGCAAGAAACAGCUUGACCCCACUAGAAUUAAAUUAAUUCGACAUUAUGUGCAGAUACUGUACCCCAGAGCAAAGAACGACAGAGUGUGGACGUUGGAGUUUGUUGGGAAGCUUGACGAGAGGUGUCGACGAAGAGACACGGAGCAAAGGCGCUCAUACCAACAGCAACGGAAAAUCCACGUGCCAGGGCCUGACAGGAGGGAAUUUCUCACCUAUGCAAUAAACCCUGAGAGAUUUCGGGAAGAAUUUGAAGGGCCGCCACUGCCACCGGAAAGAAGUAGCAAGGAUUUUUGCAAGAUACCACUCGAUGAACUUGUUGUUCCUAAUCCAGACUUCCCUGUGCCUUCUCUGUAUCUGCUCUCUGACAAGGAGAUAAGAGAGAUAGUGCAGCAGAGCCUGUCGGUUGGCAACUUUGCUGCCAGGCUUCUUGUAAGACUCUUCCCUGAACUCUUUACUCCGGAGAAUCUGAGACUGCAGUACAACCAUUCAGGUGCUUGUAAUAAAAAACAGCUUGAUCCCAUCAGACUGAGACUGAUCCGUCAUUAUGUGGAGGCAGUUUAUCCUGUGGAGAAAAUGGAGGAAGUGUGGCAUUAUGAAUGUAUACCGAGCAUCGAUGAAAGGUGCCGGCGUCCUAACAGAAAAAAGUGUGAUAUACUGAAAAAAGCUAAGAAAGCAAAAAAAGUGACAGGCUCUUUAAACUGCUAAGACUUUGACCACUAAAUUAUUGUCAAGAGUAUGCUUUGGUUUAGACUGCAGGGCCUGUCGGGAGCUGAGGGUUCUCAGCCCCUGGGACAGUCAGGCACUAAAUUUGUUGCGUUUCAGUGUGUGUGUUGCAUUUCUGUUGGCACUGCAGCAGUGGGAAGUGGCUGACUACAUUAGUACAUGGGUAAAGAGCAUCAGUGACAGCUGUCAAUGACUCGCUAAGAGCAUGAUAUUCACUGGUGCAAAUACAUGUAUUGAAACUAUUGCUCCACUCCCCAUUUCUGCAUCUUCCUUUUCUAUCACUUUCUAAUAAUAAAGAAUUUUUUUUUAUG